AUGGCUUCUAGACAAUCGCAGAGAAGACUAACCAAAGAGUACAAAGCUAUUCAGGCAAACCCACCUCCAUACAUUGAAGCUAAGCCCAAUGACGAAAACAUCUUGGAGUGGCACUACGUAAUAACAGGCCCUCCCAACACUCCAUUCGAAGAUGGCCAGUACCACGGCAUGUUACGUUUCCCUAACGAGUACCCCUUUAAGCCACCCUCGAUUUCGAUGGUGACACCUAAUGGCAGAUUUUCCUGCAAUACGAGGUUGUGUUUAUCGAUGAGUGAUUACCAUCCUGAUACCUGGAACCCAGCCUGGAGUGUGGCUACAAUUUUGACCGGGCUCUUGAGUUUCAUGACGGGAGACGAAAGCACUACUGGAUCUAUUAAUACAAGCGAAAAUGUCAAGCGUCGCUUAGCCAGAGAAAGUUUACAAUGGAACAUCAAAGAGAACCAGCGGUUUAUCAAGCAGUUUCCUGAUUUGGUCAAACAGAACAAGACCAAUAUUGAAAUCCAGAAACAGAAACAGGACCAGGAAGAAAAAAGUGCCCAGACUCUCAAUGCGCAUUUAGACAACGAGCAGCCCAUUGAUGUGCACAAGAACCUUGACUUGUUAGACCCAGAAGAUAGAGCCAGGUUGUUGGUGGAGCAGGAGAAAGCGAACCCUGUUCAGAACAGUUUUGGGCUCAUAGUAGGAGUAGUAGCGGCAGCUUUCUUGGCAGCCUUCUUCAGCUUUAUUAGGAGUGGUUAG